AUGGUCCGCCACAAAAAAGACAACUUCUCCCGAGGAGGAAAGAAGUUCUCCAACCCCCGCCCGCGACCGGAGCCCCGCGGUGAUGGCGAAGAUGCUGCAGGCUCGUCGCGGCCGGCCUUCAAAGCCGCCUGCUGGGACAUGGGACACUGUGAUCCUAAGAGAUGCUCAGGGAAGCGAUUGAUGAAGCUCGGUUUAAUGCGGGAGCUUCAUAUCGGCCAGCGAUUCCCUGGUGUGAUCGUCUCGCCCAAUGCGAAGAAGGUCAUCUCUCCCGCCGACCGUGAACUCAUGGAGCAGUACGGCGCUGCAGUGGUGGAAUGCUCUUGGGUUCGAGUCAAGGAAGUGCCUUGGUCGCGGAUCGGCGGCAAAUGCGAACGACUGCUACCCUACCUCAUUGCGGCCAAUACAGUCAACUACGGCAAGCCAUGGCGAUUGAACUGCGUCGAAGCCCUAGCCGCCUGCUUCUGUAUCUGUGGACACGAAGAAUGGGCAAAGGACGUUCUCAAGAACUUCAGAUACGGCGAGGCAUUCCUUGAGAUCAACUCCGAACUUUUUAAACGGUACGCCAGCUGUGAGACAGAAGAAGAUAUGAAGAGGACAGAGGAGGAGUGGCUCGCCAAAAUCGAACAAGAGUACGAAGACAGCCGCGCAGAGGGAACUAACGAUAUCUGGACAACCGGAAACACCAACCGCCUUCCCGCCAAGCACGGCUCAGACGACGAGGAUGAUGAUGAGGACGACGAUGAGAGCGGGGAGGAAGGCAGUGAAGAAGGGGAAAGUGAAGAUGAAGUCGACAAAGACCCAUUCGCAAUCUCCGACGAUUCCGAAGAUGAGGAUCAGAUGGCGGAGAUUCGACAGAAGAUUCUCAACUCCAAGGCAUUCCAGAAUCCAUCUGCCGAGGAUAAACACCAACCGGAGAAAAUCGAAAGACCAAAGCCUGCAUAUGUGGAUUCGGAUGGCGAGUCUGGCUCUGCAGGAAGCGAGGACGACGACUUUGACAACAUCAUCAAUGCGACUACGGUGACGGAUCGGACUGGGAUCAAAGAGAUCCAGCAGCGUCGGGGAAAGGAGACCGUGACUGCUUCGUUCUCAAGGACUGAGAUCUCUGCACCGAAAAGAUGGUGA